AUGGCAUCCCAGAAACCAAUGCUAUCCUCGCUGCUUUUACGAACGAAGCCACCAAGCCACCUAGAGUAUACCAUUGCAGUGUCGAGCAUCUCCAGCUGGAAUCUGGACAUAUUCCAAGACGAGUCCAAUCGCGACUCUAUCUUGAUGCAUGCUGACCGUGUUCUGUCGCGUCUCCAAAAGUUAUUUGAAGGGUUUCAACAGCAAAACUUGAGCCAGGACGUCUCAGAAAGACUUGUUCGGGGCCUGGUUCUUCCACUCAUCCAGGAUGACGAGCCGCUGAUUACAGUUGACCAAGCCUUUCCUUUGAUUGGAGCUGCUCUCCCGUCCGUUACAAAAUCAUCAUCGUCAUGUAUCAGAGAGGUUGCGAAGAUACUACUCGACGUUGAUGGUCUGCUUGAUCGACUACUUUCGCACGAGCUUUAUAUUGCGGUGCUGAAGGCAUGGUUCUCAUCGAAGAAUACCCAACUGGACAAGAAACUGGUCAAGAGAUUCACAGAUAAGCUGGUGGGAAUGUGUGAUAAUUGCACCAGUGACCAUGGUAUCCAGGCAGCUUGCCAUGAGUGGCAUACGGUCAAGGCCCUGAUGGAGUCUUUAACCACUCUGGCUCAUUCCAUUGAAAACGAGGAAAUAAAACAGCAUCAGAAGUCCCGAGAUAUUCCUCUUCUUGCUGGGAUGAGAAUGCUUGACCGAGAAGAUAAGAAGACGCAUCGAGCACGCCAGGCAAAGCAGAGAGAGCUCAGUGUCCCCGAGCCCACCUUGAUGCAGCUAUCGUUGCUAGGAAUCAACAAGCCUGAGUCACUCCGAGCCCUUCAAAUUAUUCAGCAGGAACUCGAAAGCGAAAAGGCUAUGUCGAUCUUACGCACUGUCAUCGAUACCUACCCUUGCCGGCUCUGCUGGGAAACGGUGACUGGGAAGUCAUCACUGUCUGUAUACGAUUUCAAGGUCUCCGAGAACACAAAAGGCAGCAGCGUCAAGUCUGACUUAUUUGGGAAGCGCAUUGGACUUUGGAAAGUUCUGCUGACGGACCGGGCAUUCAAGAGCUCUAGGAAGCUGGCACGCACAGGAUCCUUUGAUAGGGUAGAGCGUAAGCUCAGGGAGCUUUCUAGCGGUCAGUGGAAAGGAAAGGACAUAUCGAACCGUGUUGGCACCAAGAAGCAGAGACACGAAAUGCGAAUCCCCAUUCUUCGGGCCAUUGUCACACGGGAGUUGUCCAUAUUGUGGCAGAUAGACGUUGGCUUCUAUGAGGAACAGCCCUGGGAGAGGCAGCAAGUCGUGAAAAUCUGGCAUAUCGUCGAUUCCGAAGAUGAGAUACCAAACACUAUUUACCAGAUCAUCUCCCUUCAGCAGGCCUAUACUACCGAUGAUGUCCAGAUGUGCUGCCAGCGUCCAAUUCAGCAGUCGGAUGGGAGGUUUUUGCCAGCAAAAUUUGACAACAUAAAAAAUAACAGGAACUAUUUCCGACCAGAGCCCGCUCCUGCUCCAAAGGCAGCAAGCAAACAGCUGAUCGAGAUGUCAAUCCAUGCUACUGGCACCGAAGAGGUUCCUUUUGAUUUAUCUCCGGAGAAAAUUGAGAUUGUCAGUCAUUUCAAUACCUCUAGUUUGAUUCUAGGACGAAGCGGGACUGGGAAGACUACUUGUCUCUUAUUCAAAAUUCUUGCCAAAUAUAGGGCACAGUCCAUGUCGGAAGGACCUCCUAUUCGACAGCUUCUUCUGACGCGUUCGCCCUAUCUGGCUUCGAAACUACAAACCUACGCAAGGAGCUUGAUUCGUACUCAAGAUCACGGCAAGCCUCUCAUGGAUACGAGUGGCAAUAAUGACGGUCUUCUUAGUGAAGAAGAAGCUGGCAAACCGUUGUCACUAUUUUCUCUGGAGGAUAAGAGCUUUCCAUUUGUCUGCACAUACGAUCAGUUGCUGCGACUUCUUGACAAUACCAUCCAGAGGGUCGACCGCAAGAAUUUUCUUCGUGGCGAGAGUUCAAGCUUAGAUAUCGUUGCCAAAGGAUCGAGAAUGGUGGACUUUAAUGUUUUCAAAAUUGAGUAUUGGACUUGUCUGGCCGGCAUCAUACCAUCACAGUGUUCACCAGAGCUUUUGUUCUCAGAAAUAAUGGGUGUCAUCAAAGGCUCGAGCUCAACUGCCAUGUCGCUGGAAUGGCUAACUCGUGAUCAAUAUCUCUUGAGAAGCUACAAGACCUCUCCAACAUUCUCUGGUGAGGCUGACCGUGAGCGGAUGUAUGCAGCAUUCGAGCGCUAUGAGAAGCUGAAAAAGCAGAGGAAUGAAGUGGAUGAGCUAGACCGGGUACUUGGGCUGUUGCGGUCUAUCAGAAAUGAUCCUGGUGUGGGUCAAUUGAUGCGUCAGGGUUUCGAAGAGAUCUAUGUUGAUGGCAAGGUCCAAGAUUUGCGGUGCCUAGAUAUCGUUCUGCUGCUGAGCUGCGUUUGUGAUGCCCGUGGCGUUCAUCUUGCUGGUGAUACCGCACAGUGUAUAUCAAAGGAUUCAUUCUUUCGUUUCCCCGAAAUCAAGGCCGUUUUCUUCGAGUACUAUGACUCUGUUGCCGUUGAAACUGGCCAACCGGAAUUGGCGAAGCCAACACAAUUCUCGCUAGCGAAGAACUAUCGCUCUCAUCAAGGAAUAUUGAGUCUUGCUUCGUUCACGAUGCAAAUGCUGUGGAGCGGGUUUCCCGACGCAAUUGACAAACUGGAGCCAGAAAUAGGUCAAGUCGGGGGUCCACGACCAAUGAUUUUUGCCGGCUUUGACUCUGGGAUCCUCUCUGCCAAGAUGAUCGGACUCGUGAAGCUCAAUGAUAAGGUUGCAGACUUUGGUGCUGAGCAAGUCAUUCUUGUCCGCGAUGAUGCCGCAAAAGAGCGACUGCAGAAGCAUAUUGGCGAAAUUGCGCUUGUUCUCACAAUUUUGGAGGGUAAAGGUAUGGAGUUUGAUGAUGUCCUUGUUUAUGACUUUUUUAGUGGAAACGACCUUGGAAGCAGCUAUCGUUGUCUUCAUUAUUUGGCUCGAGGAGUGAAAAGCCAAUUUGAUUCUCAACGACAUACCGGUCUAUGCUCCGAAUUGAAACACCUCUACGUUGCAAUCACCAGAGCUCGGAAUCAACUGUGGUUUGUCGAAAGCAAUGAAAAUAGCGUAGACCCGGUCCUUCAGGCACUUCGCGCCAACGGAAGUGAGCAGAUUGUUGAGGUGGUGAAGCAGAAGCAUCCGGAUGUAAGGAAUCGCAAUCAAGUUGCUAGCGUUAAGCUGGUGCAUUUCCAGGUUGCGGAAAAGGUCAAAGUUUUAAGAGCCGGUGGCUCGGUUGAUCCUGAGAAAUGGAUCAAGCGUGGCGCGCACCUCCUGCGUCAGAAGAACUUUCCCGACGCUCUCUUCUGCUACAAGAAAGCCAGCUACAAGAAAGGAAUCACAGAGUCCCAGGCUUAUCUAUAUGAGCAGCAAGGAAGAACAUGUCGCGCGGCAGGGGACCUUGAUGGCUACUCCGAUAAUUACGAAAAGGCCAUUGAACUUUUUAUUGAGAUAUGUAUGAUUCGAGAAGCUGCAAGCUGCCUAGAGAGUCUCGAGAAAUACGAAAGGGUUGCCAGGCUAUGGAAGGAUAACGGCCAGCACCUCAAAGCUGCCUUUUUCUACGAGAAGGCGGGUCUGUUUGUGAGUGCCGCACUAUCCUAUGACAUGAUCUGGGAAUGUGAAGAAGCUGUAGAGGUUUUGCGGCGUGGUGAAGUUUUCGAUGAACUCAUAAAAUAUAUUCAUCGGAACAGCGCAAAGAUCUCUGAAAACACCAUUCAUAGAUACUCGAGACUUUGCAACAUUCUUCUAAGGCAGGGACGUAUCUCUCCAAAGCUGCGGGCCAAGACAAUCGACUUGCUCGGCUCUGAUAUGGACAAGGAACAGUUUUUUCGAGAAUUUGAAUUGUUCGACAACCUCCGCGCUUUGUAUGAGUGCAAGGAGAGAUAUAGUGACCUGUUCAACAUUUGUGUUCUUACAGGUGACCUUGUCUCCGCCAUAAACGUUGCGGUGUCAUACGAUCUGGAUUAUAGCGUCGAGGAGAAAAGCGUCGAGGCAGUCUUCCACUAUGUAAUGGCGGAAGCCGUCUUUGCACGCAGAGGCCUAAGCCAAACGGGCAUCAAGCAGCCGGAUUUGCUGCUCAAAUGUCAUAAAUCACCAUACUUGACGAGGCUUGCAUCCCAGUGGAAAGCGGUAUUCCAAAUUCUUGGUCAUUUUGAAGACGAAGGGCAGCCUUACAAUAUCUCCUCUCUGGCGGAUGGCCCGGUGAAAGACUUCUUGUGUUUGUUUGUAAGUGAGCACCUUUAUCUGCUUGGAUAG